AGGGCUAAGGCCGCAAGUAAACUUAUAUAAGGCGAGAAGCGACCACCAAACCUCCGAGCCAACGACCUUCAAAGCCUUUCCCUCUGUCCCUCUCUCUCACUCUGUAUCUGGUUUUUCUUGCAAGGUGGAGUUAGGGUUUCUCGUCUUACUGCGUAUCGUCUUUUGCUUAGUGUAGGAGCUUGUUCAGUAAUGCAGUAGGAGCUUCUUUGAAUAACAAAACAGGUCCCUGUGAAGCGAAAUUGACAUGGCUUUUCAGGCGAAGAAGCUCAUUAAUGAUCCAAAUGAUGUUGUCACUGAGUACAUUGAGGGUCUAGUUGAGACUUAUCCCGGUUUGCAGUAUCUAGAUGGUUUCCCAGAGAUUAAGGUUGUCUUACGUGCUGAUGUUUCAAGUUCUACAUAUGACAAGGUUGCAGUUAUUUCAGGGGGUGGAAGUGGGCAUGAGCCUUAUGCUGCUGGAUUUGUGGGGGAAGGAAUGCUAACUGCAGCUAUUUGUGGAGAUGUUUUCACCUCUCCUCCUGUUGAUUCUAUACUAGCUGGUAUCCGGGCUGUGACUGGUCCUAUGGGAUGUCUUCUGAUUGUCAUGAACUAUACUGGCGACCGGUUUAAUUUUGGCUUGGCUGCUGAACAAGCGAAAUCUGAAGGUUAUAAAAUAGAGAUGGUUAUUGUUGGAGAUGAUUGUGCUCUCCCACCACGUAGAGGCAUAGUUGGGCGGAGAGGUUUGGCUGGGACUAUUCUUGUCCAUAAGGUUGCAGGGGCUGCUGCUGCUGGUGGUCUUUCUCUUGCUGAUGUUGCAGCUGAAGCAAAACGAGCAUCCGAGAUGGUUGGAACAAUGGGCGUUGCAUUGUCUGUUUGCACACUUCCUGGACAGGUUACUUCAGAUCGUUUGGGUCCAGGAAAGAUAGAGCUUGGUCUUGGAAUUCAUGGAGAGCCUGGUGCUGCAGUGGCUGAUCUUCAACCUGUUGAUGUGGUGGUUACUCAUGUUCUCAACCAAAUUUUGUCCUCGGAAACUCAGUAUGUUCCCAUCACACGGGGGUGUAGAGUCGUGCUCAUGAUUAAUGGGUUGGGUGGCACCCCUAUAAUGGAGCUGAUGAUUGCUUCAGGAAAGGCAGUUCCUAAAUUGCAGCUGGAACAUGGGCUGGCUGUUGACAGAGUGUAUACAGGGUCAUUCAUGACUUCUUUGGAUAUGGCAGGAUUUUCAAUGUCUAUCAUGAAGGCGGAUAAAAAAAUUUUGCAGCAUUUGGAUGCCCCAACGAAGGCUCCAUAUUGGCCUGUUGGUGUUGAUGGAGAUCGUCCACCUGCUAAAAUUCCUGUUCCAAUUCCACCUUCUCGUUUAACAAAAAGCGAUGAGGUGUUAAGUCGACCACAAGAGCUGAAUCGGCAAGGCUUUAUUCUUGAAGCUGCUAUUGAAGCAGCUGCAAAUGCGGUUAUCAGUCUUAGGGAUAAUUUGAAUGGAUGGGAUAGCAAAGUAGGUGAUGGUGAUUGUGGUUCAACUAUGUUUAGAGGUGCAACAGCCAUCCUUGAGGACAUGAAGAAGUAUUAUCCUUUGAACGAUGCUGCAGAAACAGUCAAUGAAAUUGGAUCUUCUAUGAGAAAAGUAAUGGGAGGGACAAGUGGGAUCAUAUAUGAUAUAUUCUGUAAAGCAGCAUAUACGAAGUUGAAAGAAAGCAGUUCAUCAUUGAUGACAGCCAAACAAUGGGCUGAUGCACUGGAAGCAUCCAUUGCUGCUGUCAGUAAAUAUGGAGGAGCUAGUGCAGGUUAUCGAACAUUGUUGGAUGCCCUUAUUCCAGCAUCAAAAGUUCUGCAAGAGCAGAGAUUAAAUGCUGGAGAUGAUUCUAUCACUGCUUUUGUUCUCUCAUCGGAAGCAGCACAAAAUGGUGCAGAGUCUACCAUUCACAUGCAGGCACAGGCUGGUCGUUCCUCCUAUGUCCCUGUAGAGAUUCUUGCAUCAGUUCCAGACCCAGGAGCCAUGGCUGCCGCGGCCUGGUAUAGAGCAGCAGCCUUAGCCGUCAAGCAGAAGUUACAAGCUUCAUGAGCAGUGUAGCUGCUGUAUAUCUUCCUGCCAUAUACUACCUACCCUGCUGCUGCCACCAAGUAAACCAAAGAAAUUUUGCACAAAUUUUUACGUGACCGUCUAUUACUCAUAGGCUUUCCGCAUAUGCAGUUCUGCAUAAAGCUGAGAGAGCGAGUUUCUUCUUUUCUACAUUACGUUACCAUGAAAUGCCUAGAAAGAAUUUAUUAGGUUGGUUAUUAAAAAGAAAAAAAGAAAAAACCGAUCACAUCAACCCAUCCUCGUGAUUUGGGCCGUUGUUUAGUAGCUUCCAUUUGUUAUAGGCCAAAUCUUGAAGCUGGGGACAAUUGACUCUUACAAGGUUACGGGAGUGUUUUAUCUAUUGCCAUAAAAUUGAAUAAUGCUGGUUUUCCAAUCA